GUGAAAGGAAAGCAAGCCAGGAUGGAUAUUUACGACACUCAGACCUUGGGGGUUGUGGUCUUUGGUGGAUUCAUGGUGGUUUCUGCCAUCGGCAUCUUCCUGGUGUCGACAUUCUCCAUGAAGGAGACGUCGUAUGAAGAAGCUCUAGCCAACCAGCGCAAGGAGAUGGCAAAAACUCACCACCAGAAAGUGGAGAAGAAAAAGAAGGAGAAAACAGUGGAGAAGAAAGGAAAGACUAAGAAAAAGGAAGAGAAACCCAAUGGGAAGAUACCUGACCAUGAGCCAGCCCCCAACAUGACUGUCCUCCUCAAAGACCCGGUGCGGGCACCGGCAGUGGCCGUGGCUCCAACCUCAGUCCCGUCCCCUGUGGUCAUUGCCCCCAUGGCCACGGUACCAGCCAUGCCCCAAGAGAAGCUGGCUUCUUCCCCUAAGGACAAAAAGAAAAAGGAAAAAAAAGUGGCAAAGGUGGAACCAGCAGUCAGUUCUGUGGUCAAUUCUAUCCAGGUUCUUGCCUCAAAGGCUGCCAUCUUGGAAGCUGCUCCCAAGGAGGUGCCUAUGGUGGUUGUGUCCCCAGUGGGUGCCAAGGGCAGUGCCCCAGCCACCAGCACUGCACAGGGCAAGAAGGCAGAGGGGGCCCAAAAUCAGGGCAAGAAAGCAGAGGGGGCCCAAAAUCAGGGCAAGAAGGCAGAUGGGACCCCAAAUCAGGGCAAGAAGACAGAGGGGGCUCAGAACCAGGGUAAGAAAGGAGAGGGGGCUCAAAAUCAGGGCAAGAAGGCAGAGGGGGCCCAGAACCAGGGCAAGAAGGCAGAGGGGGUCCAGAACCAGGGCAAGAAGGCAGAGGGGGCCCAGAACCAGGGCAAGAAGGCAGAGGGGGCCCAGAACCAGGGCAAGAAGGCAGAUGGAACCCCCAAUCAGGGCAAGAAGGCAGAGGGGACCCCCAACCAGGGCAAGAAGGCAGAGGGGACCCCCAACCAGGGUAAGAAAGCAGAGAGCGCCCAGAAUCAGGGCAAAAAGUCAGAGGGGGCUUCCAAUCAGGGCAAAAAGGCUGAAGGGGCCCCCAACCAGGGCAAGAAAUCAGAAGGGGCCUCUAACCAGGGCAGAAAAGCAGAGGGGGCCCAGAAUCAAGGCAAAAAGGCAGAGGGGGCCCAGAAUCAGGGCAAAAAAGAGGAAGGUACCCCAAACCAGGGCAAAAAGGUAGAAGGAAGCCCCAAUCAGGGCAAGAAGGCAGAAGGGACCCAGAACCAGGGCAAGAAGACGGAGGGGGCUCCCAACCAGGGCAGAAAAGCAGAGGGGGGCCAGAAUCAGGGCAAAAAGUCAGAUUUGGUUGUUAAUCAGGGUACAAAGGCAGAUGGUGUUGCAAACCAGGGGAAAAAAGCCGAAGGCGCCCCCAGUCAAGGCAAAAAGGCAGAAAUCACGUCGAACCAGGGCAAAAAGGCAGAAGGGUCCCCCAGCCAGGGCAAAAAGGUGGAUGCAUCAGCCAAUCAGAGUAGAAAAGGAGACUCAGCUCCUGUCCAGGGCAAAAAUGCAGAUAUGGUCCAGAGCCAGGAGGCGCCAAAGCAAGAGGCUCCUGCAAAGAAGAAGUCUGGGUCAAAGAAGAAGGGUGAUUCCGGGCCCCCAGACGCCAACAGCCCUCCCUGCCUCCCCUACAAGACACUGGUCUCCACAGUGGGAAGCAUGGUGUUCAGCGAGGGCGAGGCCCAGCAGCUCAUCGAGAUCCUGUCCGAGAAAGCUGGUGUCAUUCAGGACACGUGGCACAAGGCCACUCAGAAGGGCGACCCCGUGGCAAUUCUGAAACGCCAGCUGGAGGAGAAGGAGAAGCUGCUGGCCACGGAGCAGGAGGAUGCGGCUGUUGCCAAGAGCAAACUGAGGGAGCUCAACAAGGAGCUGGCAACGGAAAAGGCCAAGGCCGCAGCUGGGGAGGCCAAGGUGAAAAAGCAGCUCGUGGCCCGGGAGCAGGAGAUCACAGCCGUGCAGGCUCGCAUGCAGGCCAGCUACCGGGAGCACGUGAAGGAGGUGCAGCAGCUGCAGGGCAAGAUCCGAACUCUCCAGGAACAGCUGGAAAACGGCCCCAACACGCAGCUGGCCCGCCUGCAGCAGGAGAACUCCAUCCUGAGAGAUGCCUUGAACCAGGCCACGAGCCAGGUGGAGAGCAGGCAGAAUGCAGAGCUGGCGAAGCUCCGGCAGGAGCUCGGCAAGGUCAGCAAGGAGCUGAUGGAGAAGUCGGAGGCCGCUCGGCAGGAGGAGCAGCAGCGGAAAGCUCUGGAGGCCAAGGCAGCCGCCUUCGAGAAGCAGAUCCUUCAGCUGCAGGCGUCUCACAAGGAGAGUGAGGAGGCCUUGCAGAAGCGCCUGGACGAGGUCAGCCGAGAGCUCUGCCGCUCGCAGACCAGCCACGCCAGCCUCCGGGCGGACGCCGAGAAGGCCCAGGAGCAGCAGCAGCAGAUGGCUGAGCUGCACAGCAAACUGCAGUCCGCGGAGGCGGAGGUGAGGAGCCAGCGCGAGGAGCUGCGCGGCCUGCACGGGCAGCUCGACGAGGCCAAGGCCGAGAACGUGCAGCUCGCGGAGAGGAUCUGCUCCAUCGAGGCUCUGCUGGAGGCCGGCCAGGCCCAGGAUGCCCAGGCCAGCCGAGCGGAAGCCGACCAGCAGCAGGCCCGCCUCAUGGAGCUGGAGUCCCAGCUGUGGUGUCUGGAGAAGGAGGCCACCGAGCUCAAGGAGGCGGUCGAGCAGCAGAAAGUGAAGAACAACGACCUCCGCGAGAAGAACUGGAAGGCAAUGGAGGCUCUGGCCUCGGCUGAAAGGGUCUGUGAGGAGAAGCUGCGCUCCCUGACCCAGGCCAAGGAGGAGUCAGAGAAGCAGCUCAGCCUGACCGAGGCCCAGACCAAGGAGGCCCUGCUGGCCCUGCUCCCGGCGCUUUCCAACUCGGCCCACCAGAAUUAUUCCGAAUGGCUGCAGGAGCUCAAAGAGAAAGGCCCUGAGCUGCUGAAACCGCCGCCAGCGAACCCAGAGCCCUUGGACCUGGCCUCCAAGCUCAGGGAGGCGGAGGAGACGCAGAGCAGCCUGCAGGCCGAGUGUGACCAGUACCGCACCAUCCUGGCCGAGACGGAGGGCAUGCUCAAGGACCUGCAGAAGAGCGUGGAGGAGGAGGAGCAGGUGUGGAAGGCCCGGGUGAGCGCCACGGAGGAGGAGCUCCAGAAGUCACGGGUCACAGUGAAACAUCUUGAAGAGAUUGUCGAGAAGCUGAAAGGAGAACUCGAAAGUUCAGAUCAGGUGAAGGAGCGCACCUCACACCUAGAGGCCGAGCUGGAGAAGCACAUGGCGGCCGCCAGCGCCGAGUGCCAGAGCUACGCCCAGGAGGUGGCGGGGUUGAGGCAACUUCUAUUAGAAUCUCAGUCUCAACUGGACGCAGCCAAGAGUGAAGCCCAGAAACAAAGCAGUGAGCUUGCCCUGGUCAGGCAGCAGUUGAGUGAGAUGAAGAGCCACGUAGAGGAUGGUGAUGUAGCCGGGUCCCCGGCUGUCCCCCCAGAGGCCCCCCCAGCAGAGCAGGACCCCGUCGAGCUGAAAACGCAGCUGGAGCGGACAGAAGCCCUCCUGGAGGACGAGCAGGCACGACGGCAGAAGCUCACAGCUGAGUUUGAGGAGGCUCAGAACUCGGCAUGUCGGCUGCAGGGGGAGCUGGAGAAGCUCCGCGACACCAGCCCCCUCGGGUCCUCUGAAGCAGAGGAGGCUGCGCAGCUGAAGGAGAGACUAGAAAAAGAGAAGAAGCUGACGAGUGAUCUGGGACGUGCUGCCACCAAACUACAGGAGCUGUUGAAGACAACCCAGGAGCAGCUGGCAAAGGAGAAGGACACCGUGAAGAAGCUGCAGGAGAGGAUGGCGGCAGCUCAAAGGAGGGCACCUCUGUCUGAGUCUCCUGCGGAAAAAGAAGUUAUUGUUCCACUUACCAAAAUGCCUUACACAUUCCUACAAGUCAACCACCCAGCCGACACAGCGUUGUCCUCCGGGCCUGACUUCGCAUCUGAGACGCCGUCAGAGACGACAGUGUCUCAGCACCAGAAAUAG